CCUGUUCUUAUUAUUUUAUUAAUUCAUCGAAUUUUCUAUACACAAAAAGAGAGGCUCGUCUCUAUCCCUCUCAUCACCCCCACUCUGCCUUUUUUUUUAAUAAACAAACAGACCUAUUCGCAGACAACCAUGUACAUCAUCUUCUCCCUCUCUUCCCCCUCUCUCCCCCUCUAUCUUUCUCUCUUUUUCUCUGAGCUAUGUAAAAUCUAUUAGAUCGAAGGGAGAAGGGUCAGAUACAGGAGCUGAGAAGAUACGUCGCCAUGGGGAGAGCUCCCUGCUGCGACAAGGCCAACGUGAAGAAAGGUCCCUGGUCACCUGAGGAGGACGCCAAGCUCAAGUCCUACAUUGAGAAGCAUGGAACUGGUGGUAACUGGAUUGCUUUGCCCCAGAAAAUAGGCCUUAAGAGAUGCGGAAAGAGCUGCCGCCUCCGAUGGUUGAACUAUCUCCGCCCGAACAUCAAGCACGGGGGAUUCUCCGAAGAAGAAGAUAACUUGAUUUGUAGCCUCUACAUAAGCAUUGGAAGCAGGUGGUCUAUAAUUGCAGCACAAUUACCAGGAAGAACAGAUAACGACAUAAAGAACUAUUGGAACACAAGGCUGAAGAAGAAGCUUCUGGGCAAGCAAAGAAAAGACCCCAGUGCAAGAAGAGGAAGUGGAAGCUUGAAGCAAGAAUUGAAGAGUGGAAUAUCAGUUGGCAAAAGUAAUACUAAUUCCAUGGACUAUUCUUUCACCUGCAACAACACACAAAUCACUCCAUAUUGGCCACAACUUCCUUCUACCCCAAUGCCAUACACAUUCCACGAAGCCGCAACCGCAACAACUGCUCUUAAUGACCAUGCAUCGAUCCGGAAGCUGCUCAUCAAGCUUGGAGGGAAGUUUUCCAACCACAGCAGCAAUCAUCUCCCCGUCAACUAUGAUUCCACGAGCUAUCAGUUCUCGAGUGAGGGCUCGACAUCGUCUUCGUCAUCACACAACCCUUACGAUCCAUCGCUCAUUGGAAACAUUAACCCCAACUCUGUACAUGGCUCUCAAUUUGUCCAUAGCCAGUACAACUUGGAUGCAGGAGGCAAUUCACAGAUGCCGCAAGGGCAAGGGGGUAAUUUCCCAGCCGAGCUCGGGGAUUUAAUGGGAACCAGCAACCUGAACGACACACAAAGGCUUGAGGGGUUGGAGUUCUUGCUAGGGGAAGAGCUGAUGAUGAUGAUGAUGGGGAAUAACAAUGACGGUAUUGCUUGUGGAGGUGGUGGCUUCAGUAAUGGGUGGGAUGACAUGAGCUCUCUGGCUUAUCCUCCUCUGAUCACUUCCACUUCAAGCUGUGAAGCUGCUCAUCAACAAGGUUCAGUUCAAGAAUGCAGUCCCGUCGACGAGUCGAGUUUUGUCGGGCCACGGUUCUUGACCAUGUGUGGGGAGUGAGUUUAACCAUCACGUGCGCUUGUCGAUUACUUACUUGCACACCGUUCGUCGUCUUAAAUGCUUGGACAUCAUGAAAUUGAUAGUGCUUAAUGGUUUCGCGCAUACGGUGAUCAGACUUAGAGGCUUGUUAGUGACGAGAAGAUGGUAAUGGUGUUUGGAGGAACCCUAAUGAAUGAACUGAACAUAUCUCAGUGAAGGCUCGUUUGUUUUUCUUUUUUCCCCCUUGCUGUGGGCUUUUUUUCUCCUUGCUUGGUGGUAACUAAAGUGGUGUAACAUCUUUGUAGUCUGUCGUGAUGAAAGUUGUUGUUUGUAUAAUUAUGGGUUGUGGCAUCUGAA